CUUUAUUGAGCCAAGCAAACGCAGCACCACCAUCACCAUGGCUGUUGACACUGUGCUCAUCGUCGGCAUUCUCUUGAGCGUUGUCGUCCACCUCCUCCUCCGCCGCAGGCUACGAUCGAACCCACGGUUGCCGCUUCCCCCCGGGCCGAAGGGCAUUCCGGUGCUCGGCGCGCUGCCGCAGAUAGGUCCCAUGGCCCACGCCUCGCUGGCUGAACUCGCCAAGCGCUACGGCCCCAUCAUGCACCUCAAGAUGGGCACCGUGCGGGUCGUGGUGGCCUCCACGGCUGGCGCCGCUCGGUCCUUCCUCAAGGCGCACGACCUCCAGUUCGCCAACCGCCCCUCCACCAUCAGCGGGAAGGACGUCACCUACGACGGCCAGAACUUCGUGUUCUCCAACUACGGGCCUCGGUGGAAGCUUCUCCGCAGGUUCUCUAACCUCCACCUUCUCGGCCCCAAGGCAAUCGCGGAACAGGCACAGGUCCGGGCCGACGAGGUCGGCCGCCUGCUCCGCUCCAUGCGCGAGUCGAGCAAAAACUCCCGGCCGGUGUUCGUCCAGGAGGCGGUGGUGUGCUCCAACGCCAACAUAAUCGGCCAGGUGGUGCUGUCGCGGCGGGUGUUCGCGGCGCAGGGCGAGGAGUCGAGCAAGUUCAAGCACGCGGUCACGGAGAUGCUGACAGGGGUGGGGUUGUUCAACAUCAGCGACUUCGUGCCGGCCAUCGCGUGGAUGGAUCUGCAGGGGGUGCAGCGCCACCUGCGCCGCGCCCACCUGAGGAUGGACGCCAUCCUCUCCGAGUUCGUGGCCGAGCACCAGGAGACGGCGCACGAGCGCAAGGGGAGGCCGGACGUGCUCGACCUUUUGCUGGCCAACAAGGUGGACGCCGAUGGCGUGUCGCUUUCCGACGUCAACAUCCGAGGCUUCAUCUUCGACAUGUUCGUCGCUGGAACCGAUACAUCCUCCGUCACAAUCGAGUGGGCGCUGGCGGAGAUGCUGAAGAACCCAACCAUACUGAAGAAGGCUCAAGCUGAGAUGGACCAAGUGAUCGGCAAAAGCCGGAGGCUGGAAGAGUCCGACAUACCCAAACUCCCCUACCUGCGAGCCAUCUGCAAAGAGGCGCUGCGGCUGCAUCCUUCCACGCCGCUGGGCAUCCCACACUACUCGUUCGAAUCGUGCGAGGUUGACGGCUACUACAUCCCCGAGAAAACCAGGCUCCUCAUCAACAUCUGGGCCAUAGGGAGGGACCCCAACGUGUGGGAGGACCCUCUGGAGUUCAAGCCGGAGAGGUUCUUGAGCGGCAAAAACGCACACAUCGAGCCGCUGGGCAACGACUUCGAGCUGAUUCCCUUCGGUGCCGGCCGAAGGAUCUGCGCAGGGAUGCAGCUCGGGCUCGUCUUUGUGCAGUACACCCUCGGCUCCUUGGUGCACUCCUUCGACUGGAAGCUCGCCGACGACGUGGAAGAGCUCAACAUGGAGGAGCGGUUUGGCCUCGUGCUCCCCAAGGCAGUGCCUCUCAAGACCGCAGUUAGCCCACGCCUUGCGGACAGCGCCUACAUGUGAUGCCUGCAAACAUGUAUAACGACAGCACUAUAUCUGAUCGAUUUGCUUGUCAUGGGUGGCAGGACACGAUACAGUACAUCAUACAAGUCAACGGCAGAGUUCUAUUUCUUGUACACCUCUUGUUGUGAUAAUAUGUCCACUAAUAAGUGAAAUAUAGAUUCCAGUUCAGAAUUC